UGUCAACAAGCUUUAGGUAAUUUUUAAAAUCCUUUGGUAACAUUUUGAAAAAAUUCUUUAGUAUUAAAUUAAGUCCCCUCGUGGAUGAUAUAUCCAUCAACCAACCGCAAAGAAGUCUCGCAUGAAGCUCUUGAAGACACCGGCAGCCAUUGCGUGGAUAUUCCAACUAAACAGAAGCCAAACAGAUAGACAAUCGGGUCCCCAAGAAGAUGAUGAACUUCAAGAAUCCAGAGGACGUGGAGUUCAGCUCGUUCCAGGGAGCGCAGGAAUGUAAUCAGGCAUCCGCUUUCGGCGGCGACUUCGACUCCUUUGGUCACUCCUGCUUCACCCACUACGGCUGUCCCAGCGAAAUGAGCGACAGGACUGGCCGUGGACGUGGUGGAGCCACCUCCUCCACCAGCCGGAUUCCCCGGUGCGCCCAAAGUCCUCGCCAAAUCCCUGUGGCCCACUCCCCCAGAUCCAACUACUCGUUUCGGCCGCUGUUCCACGAGAGGAGCAGUCAAGAGGACGACUCCGUGCUAACCCAGCAACUUUGGAAACUGGCGCGGAAGUCCGGCACUCUGAAUCUCUCCAACAAGGCCUUGGCCAGAGUGCCCGAACGACUCUAUGACAUCAACGAGGCGGAUACGGAAAGCAAGGCUGUGAAUCUGGAACAGCUGACAAUCAAGGAGGAGGACGCCUGGUGGAACCAAGUGCCAUUGAACAACCUAGACCUGAGCUCCAAUACACUCACGCACAUAUCGCCCAAGAUCGAGAACCUGCAGUCGCUAACCGUGCUAACACUGCACGAUAAUGCUUUGGUGAAACUGCCGCCAGAAAUCGGAAAGCUAGAGAAGCUAAUGCGCCUCAAUGUAAGCCACAACAAGCUCAGUCAGCUACCACGGGAGAUCUACAGUUUGCCGGAGCUGCGACAUCUCAACAUCUCGUACAAUGGGUUCACCGAAAUCGAUCCGGACAUUAGUGACCUUCACAUGCUCGAAUUUCUGGACGGUGGGCAUAACAACAUUCAAACCCUGCCCGGCGGCAUUGGGUUCCUGGUGCGUCUAACUGCGCUCCUGUUGCCCUAUAAUCACGUCAAGGAACUCCCGCCCGAUCUUGUUAACAUGCGCUCUUUGCAAAAAAUUGAUCUGAUGCAAAACGACCUGACCUGUUUGCCUGAGGAUAUGGGUCUGCUGAGAAAGCUUGAAUGCCUUUAUCUGCAGCACAACGACAUCCUAGAGCUGCCCGAUUUUGAGGGGAACGAGACCUUGAGCGAAUUACAUGCCAGCAAUAAUUUUAUUAAGACCAUACCAAAAGCAAUGUGCAGCAACUUGCCACACCUAAAGAUUCUCGAUCUGCGGGACAACAAGAUCACUGAACUGCCCGACGAACUGUGCCUGCUGCGCAAUCUGAACCGCCUGGAUGUGUCAAACAAUACGAUAAGCGUCCUCCCAGUCACCUUGUCCUCUUUGGCUCAUUUGAUCAGCCUGCAGGUGGAGGGAAAUCCCAUUAAGAUGAUCCGUCGCGACAUUCUGCAGUGUGGAACGACGCGGAUUUUAAAGACGCUGCACGAGAGAGCGUUGGCCAAGUCCAAGGAGGAGGGAGGUGGCUCCGAUGGUGCCUUCUCAUUAGGAGGCAUUAGUGUAACCCGUUUGCGUGGUGGCCAAGCGGACGAUGGUGAUAUGCCUGGAAACUUUCCUGAUAGCUAUCACCAGCCACAAAAUCAGUAUGGGUUCCAAUAUCAGUGCCCACAUCUAUGCCAGCAGCAAAUGCAGCAGAACUUUUGUGUAUAUGAACAGCUAAGAAAUUGUCCGGAAUAUGAUCGCCAGACCCAGGGUCACGUUUAUGAGCCUGAGAGCUACGAGCAGCAGCAUCAAAAUGGAAACCUACGCUCACUUUUCGUGCAACAGCAGCAACAGCGAAUGGAAUAUCCCUAUCCGAAUGGCUUUAUGUACCAGCAGCAGCAACAACAGCAGUUCCCCUAUGGGCAAUCGAUCGAAUCCUCCCGCUUAGCCGUGCAUCCACGUUGGGUAUACAAAUUACGUCAUACACGCACAUUAGCUGUCAAUCUGGAGGAACUUACUGAAGUACCCGAUCAGGUGUUUCAGAUUGCCAAAAAUGAGGGAGUGCAUGUAGUGGACUUUGCGCGCAACCAGCUGAGUACCUUGCCCAAUGGCCUUCAGCACAUGCGAAACCUGGUCACGGAGCUUGUGCUAUCCAACAAUUUAAUCGGCUAUGUGCCACAGUUCAUCUCCCAGUUUACACGUAUUACCUACCUAAACUUGUCCAACAAUCUGUUAAGUGAUCUGCCAAAAGAGUUCGGCGUUUUGAACACUCUGCGUGAGCUUAGCAUUGCAAACAAUCGUUUCCAGUUCAUUCCCAACUGUGUGUACGAGUUACAAGGUCUGGAGAUCCUCAUUGCCAGUGAGAACCACAUCAAAAUGUUAAAUGUGUCGGGUCUGCAAAGUAUGCCACGACUGAGCACGUUGGAUUUGCGCAAUAACGAUAUUGAUGCAGUGCCGCCCAUAUUGGGAAAUCUGACUAAUAUAACCCACUUGGAACUCGUAGGCAAUCCUUUUCGUCAGCCCCGUCAUCAGAUCCUGAUGAAGGGCACCGAUGCAAUCAUGUCUUAUUUGCGGGAUCGCAUACCCACAUAGAAGAGCAAUCAACACCGUUUUUGAGAAACACUUAACUAGCAAGUUGUUUAUUUUGACGAAAAGCGUAAUAGAAAUUAAUAGUUCCACUCGACUAUGCCCACACACAUCCCCCACCAUAAAAUCUGGGUCGGAUGUGUGUGGACAUGGGCGAGUGGAUACACGGGACACAUAAGUACAACAUAAGACACACCCUGUGCAUCUAUCAACUGAACUAGUCUGCAUGUCGCAAUACCUAAUGCACCUUGUUAAUUCUGGCUGAACAUCUGCAAUAAAUGGGAAUAGUUGAGACAA